AUGUUGCGCAUCCAAAGGCUUACCAGGUCAUCCAAUUCUGUAUUGAGCACUCGUCGACUUUAUCAUGACAAGGGCGUGUUUGGCUACCGAGUUCCAAAAGAGUACAAAAUGCCAGAUUACACCGAGAGUGAGCUCGCUAGUCGCAAAGAUGGUGGCAGUUUACUGCGUAUGGUUCAGGCCUACAGAACUCAUGGACAUCGGGGUGCUCAUCUGGAUCCCUUGGAUAUAAUGCAACGCGAAGCUGUACUUGCUUUGAAACCGGAACGGUAUGGUAUUACAGACACCAAGCAAGUUCACCCCUUGGCUGGUAUACUCCAUGUGACAGAAUCCAAGCAAGAUCCCUCGGCGAAACAAGAAGCAGACACCGAGACCAUUAUCAACCACCUGAAUUCAGUGUACUGUGGAAAUAUUGCCUAUGAGUUUAUGCAUUCUCCUUCUGCAAGUGAGAGACGUUGGUGGUAUCAUGCACUUGAAUCUUGGAAUAAGCCUCAAUUGACAGAAGACCAGAAGAAGCGAAUUCAUCAGCUUUUGACCAAGUCCGAGACAUUUGACCAUUUCUUGGCUAAGAAAUUUCCUAAUGUGAAACGCUAUGGACUUGAGGGUGGUGAAAGUAUGAUGGUAGCUCUCGAUCGACUUUUCUCGUUAUCUGCAAAAGCUGGUGUUGAGGAUGUGGUGAUAGGAAUGCCCCAUCGUGGUCGUCUCAACUUAUUGUGCGAUUUGCUGGAAUACCCACAAGCUGCCUUGUUCAGCAAGAUGAAAGGAAAUUCAGAAUUGCCCAAGGGAACCUUUGGAUCAGGGGAUGUGAUAUCUCAUUUAGUUAACAAUCCUGACUUGACAUAUGAUGGAAAACCUCUUCAUGUGUCUCUGCUUCACAACCCUUCUCAUCUUGAAGCUAUCAAUCCGGUAGCAAUGGGAAAGGCCCGUGCAAAGCAAACCGAUCUCUUGUCCAAAGCAGACGAUUCAUGUAAUCUCGGUGAUCGAGUUAUGUGCGUUCAGAUUCACGGAGAUGCAGCAUUCUCUGGACAAGGAAUCGUAACUGAGUCUCUCUGUCUUUCCAACCUGCCCCAUUACUCUUCCGGAGGGUCGAUCCACAUUGUAGUCAAUAACCAGCUAGGGUAUACUACACCUGCUCAGAACGCUCGUUCUUCAGCAUAUUGCUCAGAUAUUGGAAAAAUGAUCAAUGUUCCGGUAGUACAUGUUAAUGGUGAUCACCCUGAAGAUGUUGCACGUGCUAUGGAUGUUGUGUUUGAAUACAGAAACAAGUUUAGAAAGGACAUUAUUCUUGACUUAAUGUGCUAUCGCCGUUGGGGUCAUAAUGAACUUGAUGAGCCAGGAUUUACGCAGCCAAACAUGUACAACACUAUCCGUCACCGUACAUCUGUUCCCAAGCUGUAUGAGCAAAAACUUCUCGAUGAAAAGACAUUUGGGUCCGCGGCCGAAGCUGAAUCGGUCAGAAGCGCCCAGAUCGAAGCUCUCGAGAGCAGUCUCAAGGCCUCUGAGACAUAUGUUCCCGACGAUUCUGCUCACCUCCAGGGUAACUGGAAGUCAAUGACUCACCCGACCACAGGUAGCCAGGCCGCGGUCGAUACUGGUGUAGAUUCUGCUCUUCUAUCUGCAAUCGGGCGCCAGUCUGUCACUCCACCUAGCUCUGUAAAAGUGCACCAGCGCCUCAAGAAAUACCAUAUUGAUGCCCGUCUCAAGAAGAUCGACCAAGGAAAAGGUCUUGACUGGGCUACUGCCGAAGCAAUGGCCUUUGGCUCACUCCUCAAGGAAGGCUACGGAGUCCGCAUCUCUGGUCAGGAUGUAGGAAGAGGUACGUUCUCUCAGCGCCACGCCAUGUUUGUCUGUCAAGACACCGAAUCUGCAGUCAUUCCUUUAAAUGAAAUGGAAGCUGGACAAGGGCUCCUAGAGGUUGCAAAUAGCCCACUGUCUGAAUUUGCUGUGAUGGGAUUUGAGUAUGGAAUGUCUAUCGAAUCUCCAAAGAACCUGGUUAUUUGGGAAGCUCAAUUUGGUGACUUUUUCAACGGUGCUCAGAUUAUUCUGGAUACAUUUAUCUCAAGUGGUGAAGAAAAAUGGCUCCGACAGAGUGGCAUGGUUUUAUUAUUGCCUCAUGGCCAAGAUGGAGCUGGACCUGAGCAUUCGUCAAGCAGAAUUGAACGGUUCUUGCAGAUGAGCAAUGCUCCUUUUAAUGUAGACGAAACCUACCACUCUCCUCCAAACUGGCAUGUAGUAAAUUGUACCACACCUGGUCAAUAUUUCCACGUUCUGAGACGCCAGAUGGCCCGUAAAUUCAGAAAGCCUUUGGUAGUAAUUUCACCAAAAAGUCUUUUGAAAUCUCCGCUUGCUGUUAGUUCAUUUGAAGAUAUGGCACCUGGUACCUCAUUUAAACCUGUUCUUGAAGAUCCAACUACAAACAACCCAGAUAUGGUCGAAAAGGUUGUGUUUGUGUCCGGAAAACUAUAUUAUGAUCUUGCAAAGGAGAAAUCCGAACGAGGUCUUGAUGAGCGUGUAGCUCUGGUUCGCAUUGAGGAAUUGUGCCCGUUUCCAAGGGACCAAAUCAAACAAGAGAUUGAAAAGUAUGAGCACGCGGGAGAGUUUGUGUGGUGUCAAGAAGAACCUCAGAAUGCUGGUGCCUAUUCAUUUAUGGCUCCUCGUUUGGCACAGUUGUUACCUCAAAAGAUGAUUGGAUACGUUGGACGUAGCCCACUUUCUGCACCAGCAAUUGCCAAUGGACCUUUGUUCCGUAAACAACAGACUCAAUUGAUUCAGGAAGCCAUUGAUAUCUAG